CGGGCUUUCCCCGAGACGCGCCCUACGAGGGCUACCGUGGAGAUGUGGUUUCGGUGCUGGCGAAUGGGGCGUUCCGGCGGCCGAGGGUGGUUUCGGAGCUGGUGGUGCGGGGCGGCGUGGAGCUGCUGCUGGCGCAGACGAACCUGGACGACCGGAGCCCGCUGGCGCGUGAGUGGGCGCUGUGGGGCCUGCGGAACAUGUGUGAGGGGAGCGAAGAGGUUCAGAAGCGAAUUGCUGGACUGGAGUUGCAAACAGCUGUAGAGACGCCUGAAUUGCAGAAGUUGGGUUUGCGCCUUGAACUCGACAAAGCCACUGGAAAGAUGAAGGUCUCAAAGACUAAGGAAGCAAUGGACUUGAUGGGCAAUCAGCCCUAACCCGUCUACAGAGGUCGCUCCAGCCUGCGGCCUCAAGGUGGCCUCCUCCUCGAAUGUGGCUUUCCUAGGCACGCAUUCACACUUUUGUAGAAACGUGAUAGGAGAACUAAAUGCGGAUGCACGGAACGUUAACCCAAGCAGGGUUAUCAAUUCCGGUUGGGUAUGCAUCUGGACGGAUAUGGGAGGAGCGAAGCAAGAAAGGCGUCGGGUGGGACGGUCUUAGCGUUUUUUUGGCUGCUGCGAGGAUGCUGCAGUGGACCCCUGGCUCUGUGGUUCAGCUGCUGCGCCGGCAAGGUGACCACGCCCCUUGGGUGCAGAGACUGUCCCCACUCGUCCGCUCCCGUCAGGGGUGAAUUACCAUUAUAGGGUCGAGAGUCACAGAAACGGAGGGGCACUUGCAUGGGUCACAGCUUCCGCUGGCUAAAAAGGCUACACCCCUGGCUGCACGCUAAUCGUCUCC